GGUCUGGACACAUAGGAGGGAGACUAGAGAUCGAGAGGGUGGUGCCCUCCCAUUCUGCAAGAUUGCAAGUCUAGGCAAGGGUUGAUUCUUCUGUGCGACCAAUUCUUGCCUCGUGUGCUUGUCACGCACACACACACACAGAGAGAGAGAGAGAGAGAGAGAGAGAGAGAGAGAGAGAGAGAGAGAGAGAGAGAGAGAGAGAUCCCCUGAUUCUGCAAGAUUGCAAGACGAGCUUUUGAUUCUCGCCUCGUGUGUGUGUGAGAGAGAGAGACAGAGAGAGAGAGAGACACAGAGAGAGAGAGAGAGAGAGAGAGAGAGAGAGAGAGAGAGAGAGAGAGAGAGAGAGAUGGGUGAGAUGAAUGAUUAUCCAAUGGACGUGAUCGACGUGAGCAGUGAGGAAGAGGGAGACGAAGCGUCGAGUCGGUAUUGCGGUAGUGCAUUCUCCUCUGUGGCUGUACCAGGUCCCUCUGGGCUGGCCCGGAACGGCAAACUGGCGCUUCCCGACCAGAAGCGCGGGAGAUCUCCUCCUCCUCCUCCUCCUCCCUCUCCUCCUCUCAUUACUCCGGCUGCCAACGGCCAGCACCUCCAAUCUUCCCUCCCUUCUUGGGCCUGCUCCGCCUGGCGGUCUAUCGCCGGCGGCGCUGCUCUCAAUGGAAGAGCGCCAAACGAUCUGGAUGUGGAUUUGUCUUCUUCUGCCGUUAGCGUCGGAGGAUCCCCUUCCCUCCCCAGUGCUCCAUCUCCUGCUCCUCCCGCUUCCGCUUCCGCUCCCGCUGCCGCUGUUGCUGCGGAUGCGCGCGCUCUCCGCACCGACAAGUUAGCGUCGGAGAAGACAAAAGUUGCCGCUGUUUCUGCUUUCGCUCAAAUGCUGGCGAAGUCUGGACCGUCGUUCGGACCUGCUCUCGGUCAAGGUCAAAGUCAAAGUCAAAGUCGAAGUCGAAGUCAAUUGGGAGAGGAGUGCGCGGGGAGAAGAAGGCAACAAGGCGCGUCGUCGUGCUCCGCGUUCUCUCUCGGGCUCAGUCUGAGUCGGAGCAGCGACGGGGGGGUUGGGAAUGGUAGCAGACUGGCGCUUCAGGAGCAGCAGGAGCCGUCGAUGUCGUUGGGGUCCCGACGUUCUAAUCCUUAUGGCAGUGGGGGGGGGGGUCUGAUUAGCAGUAGUAUAGGGGGCUUUCAACCGGAUGAGAAGAAGAGGGAAGAGGGGGGGGCGGGGAAGUUGGGUGCGGGCGUCGUGUACAGCAGCAAGGAAAGAAUGGGGAUGGGAGGUGGAGGAGGGUUGCUAGGUGGACGCAGCUCGAGAGAUGGCACAGGAGGGGAGGGGGGUGUUGCCGAUCCUGACGGCUUUGGGGGGGGGAGGGGAGACAGAGCGCGAGGGGACAACUACCAGCAGCACAGGGCCCCUCUUAAGGUGAUUAGUAACGCGAAUAUAGUUGGUGGGGGGGUAAUUAGUAGAGGUGGAGGAGCAGCAGGAGGAGGAGGAGGGGUAGGGGGGGGGGUUGGAGGAAGUCGAAGGGAGAACGAGGUCAGGUCUCCGACGAGAGGAGGGGUCGGGAUCCGGUCUCCGACGAGACGAGGGAUCGAGAUCCGGUCUCCGACGAGACGAGGGAUCGAGAUCCGGUCUCCGACGAGACGAGGGAUCGAGAUCAGGUCCCCGACGAGAGGAGGGAUCGGAACAGGUCCGGAAGAACAUCGUCGUCAAGGGCUAGAGCAGCAGCGAUCCGUUUUUUUUGAUCACAGAGCAGCGGGAAGUGGGGGGCAGAGACACGUAGGGGAGGGGGUGGUGGAGGAGGGGGAAGGAGGAGGCGGCAGGGUAUGGGAAGUAGUAACAUCAGGAAGAGGGGGGCGGGCGGGGGGGGGAUUGGGCGGGAGAAGCGGAGGAGAAGGGGGAGCAGGUGGCGGAGUAGCAGCAACAGCUCGACCUUGUCCGCCCAUAGCUAGCGUUACUCAGGGAAAUGGUCUCAGUAACGGAGGUUGGUGGCCUUCUCCAUCUUCAUCUCCAUCCGCUCCUCCUCCUCCUCCUCCCCCUCCUUCUACCACUGCCAUGUUCUCACCGUUCGAUGAAGUAGCUGCUGCCACGACUGCGGCAGCAGCAGGGGGACUAGCAGCUGUACAGUUCGCCAUGGGGCCCAUGGGACAUGGGGGGAUGGAGGCAAUGACAGGGGGGAUGGCGGCGGCGGCGGCGGGGAUCGUUCCUGCGCCGUUCGAUCUAGGAGCAUGGCUCCAUCAGUAUCGUUACAUGGCUCAGCUGCAGCACCUGCAGCAGUUGCAGGUGGUGGGGGAGAGGUUGGGAGCGAUGUGCUUCCGCACGGUGGCCGAGGAGAAGAGACAAGUCAUCGGUAAUGGGAUGACGUUCCCUUUAGUGACCGUGAAGACAGAGCCUUCGUACGCUAGAGAUGAGAGAGAAGGGGGAGGUGAGGGAGGAAGAGGAGGAGGAGGAGGAGGAGGAGGAGGAGAGGAUUCUGGCAAUGGCGGCGGUUUUGAUGGGUCUUUGGUUUACAAUCGGUCUGCUUUGGGUGCGCUUCACUGUCAAGCAGAAGCCCCACGUGGCAGCAGCAGCAGCGGCAGCCAAAAGGCAGCAGGUGGUAUGCAGGUCAUGCGGACGAAGUCCAGCGGCCUGCUCAAUGGUCUGAUCGGGGGGUUCCCUGCAAGCGCGUCGUCAUGGAGAGGAGCAGGUGGAGGUUCGGCAUCGGGAUCGGGAUCGGCAACGCAGUCAGCAGUCAUGGUCGCAGCUGCUCCGCUGAUUGCCCCGUCUGGAGGAACGGGAUCGGGAUCAGCCAAUCAAUUAACGAAGCCGGGAGUCUCUUGUCGGCAAUUCUGGAGAGCCGGAGAAUACCUCGGGAAGCCAACGAAAGCUCGCAAAGUUCCAGCCAUUGCGGAGCUCCUCGACAAUGCCAUUGAUGAGGUUGCAAAUGGAGCGACGUUUGUGAAGGUUGAUAAGGUGUAUAAUCCACGUGACAACCACCCUGCUCUUCUCAUUCAAGACGAUGGAGGUGGGAUGGACCCGGAAGGUAUCCGGCGUUGCAUGAGCCUGGGGUACUCUUGCAAGAACACCAACCUCACAAUUGGGCAGUAUGGGAAUGGGUUCAAGACAAGUACAAUGCGCCUGGGAGCGGAUGUGAUCGUUUUCACUCGUUCUGUGAAAGGGGGGCGUGUGACUCAGAGCAUUGGAAUGCUGUCAUACACAUUCUUGCGCAAGACAGGGCACGAGGACAUUAUUGUGCCUAUGGUGGAUUAUGAGAUCUCUGCCGCUGAUGGAAAACCAAGACCACUUGUCAGGAGCACAAUGGAAGAUUGGAUGGAGAAUAUGGACACUUUGCUGGAGUGGGCGCCCUACUCAUCUGAAGAGCAUCUUCUUCAGCAGUUUCAAGAUGUGGGAUGGCAUGGGACGAAGAUGGUCAUCUACAACAUGUGGCUGAAUGAUGAUGGACAACUGGAACUGGACUUCGAUGCCGAUCUUCAGGACAUACAAUUACGGGGUGAUGAAAGGGAUGGCAAUGUGGCCGGGAUUCCUAUGACCAAUACGGUAACCCAACAGCAUGUUGCGUACCGCUACAAGUAUUCUCUACGGGUAUAUGCAUCGAUUCUCUACCUGAAGAUGCCUGAGAAUUUUCAUAUUGUUUUACGUGGUGUGGUUGUCGAGCCGUACAGCAUCGCUGCCGACGUGAAAUAUCCGGAGUACAUAAUCUACAAACCUCAUGUUGGGGGCAAAGAGGAUCGUGAAAACACGCCAUUCUGGCGUGUAUGGAACACGAACAGCAGUGACGGGCGUGGUGUUGUUGGAGUCCUGGAGGCGAACUUCAUUGAGCCCGCGCACGACAAACAAGAUUUUGAGCGAACCUCUCUCAUGCUGAAGCUGGAGACGCGUCUUCGGCUCAUGGCCCAGGAAUACUGGAAACUGCAUUGCCAUUUGAUUGGCUAUCAGCGAAAAGUCAAGCCUCGUGCUCCUAAGGCUCUUCCUGCCCCGAGUCCUCCUCCGGAGAUCAUAUCGGCGGCUCCACUGUGCUUGAUCGAGGGUCCUGGGAUGGGAUAUGAGAACUAUUCCACCCACCAGCCUUCAUGCAAUGGGAUUGCUGGUUGUGGCGGUCCUAUGGAGAUCAGACUGCUUCCCCCUCCCCCGUUAUUGGGAUGUGAAAGUAAUGAAGCAGAGACGAUGGAAGACGUAAAACCAACCCUGCAAGACCUUCAGAUGGCGGUGUCGCAUCUUCGGAAUGGUAGGUUAAGCCCAUCACAUCCAGACAACAGGAUGGCAGCAAGCGAUCCUGCUUUUGGAACGGCGAACGAGCUGUCAGCUGAGAACGGGGUCAACAGGGUCGGCAUGUUGCUGCCUUGUGGACAGGCGUCAGUGCAAGACGGCAGUGCAGAGAUGGCAGAUGAGAAAGGAAGUGAGGGACAAGACGGAGAGAAGUCUGGAGGUGAUGCGGAGAAAGACGAGGGGAGAAUGGAUAGUGAAGGUAUCGGCGAUGUCAGCCAGGAGGAUGCUACCGAUUGCAGUCCUCGGAGUUCAGAAAGUGGGUGGAUGAUGAGGCGGAGCUCACCGUCUGACACUGGGGCAGAGGAAAAUGACGUUAGCUGGAGACAGACAGACAAUGGUGGAGCUGUGCUGGCGAUCGAACGUGCAAAGUCAAUGGAACUAGGAAUACACCCAGACAAGGGUGAAUGUGAAAGGCCGCCCGAUGCAGGGGGAGGGGAAGAGGGCAGGAUGCAAGUUCGGGAUGGAAACGGUUAUGGGAAUGGAAUGGAUCUUUCCGCAGAGAGGGAUUCUGAAGGGAGCAUCAUUCUUGAGAUUGAUGCAAGAAUCCAGCGGCUUGUCGGUGAAAACGAAGAACUGAGGCAGAGGUGUACUGAGCUGGAGAUGGUAAAUGACAGGUCAGCAUUGCAAGAGCAGGAGCUGAGCGGAAGGAUUUCACAGUUGCUGGCAAGCAUUCAAGACGAGGAGCAGCGGGCUAGCGAGGUGGCCGAAGAGAGAGAUCUAAUGCGUACCGUGUGUAGAUGUGAGGAGGAGCUUUGUGAUAAAGAGAAACGAGAUCUGACAAGAGAGAUUCAGAGAGUUCUGGCCCGGUGUACAUCCCAGCAAUCCUUGCUGAGUCGGGACGAUCAGGAGGCACUAUCCCAAGCUAAGAGGGGGCAGGGCAGGGGACAAGGAAGGGAAAGGGAGGUGAUGGAGACGAAGAGAGGAUGUAAUGCUCAAAAUGGAGGUGAUGGGAAUGAAGAGGAUGUAUGCUCGCCCCAGAGGUAAUUUCUAUUGACAGGUGGCAGUUUCGUGUGAGUCGGCACAGAGAGAUGCUCACACAUGCACACACACACACACAGAGAGAGAGAGAGAGAGAGAGAGAGAGAGAGAGAGAGAGAGAGAGAGAGAGAGAGAGAGAGAGAGNAGAGAGAGAGAGAGAGAGAGAGAGAGAGAGAGAGAGAGAGAGAGAGAGAGAGAGAGAGGGUCUUUCAUUUGCCUCGCCAUCGUCGUCAUGUCCGUUUUUCCUCCGGUGAGAAAGUGUACAAGUAAAAUGUAAGCCAGCAA